CGUCUAGGAAGUCAAACAGGUUUAGAUGAUGUCAUGAACAUUGCGACAAUUGUCUGUUCUUUUCGUUUAAAAAAAAGAUAAUUAUUAUUUAUUAUUUUAUUUAUUUAGAUUACAUACUUUAUACACUGAGUGUAGUGCAUGUCAUUUGGCCAUCAAAAACAACUCUGUUGGUGUUUAGUGUAAGAUUUGAUUAAUAUCUAUGCGCUUUUGUUUUGUUUUUUUUUGCUUUUGGCGCUCAUAUUUCACAGUGAAAAUGCUUUUAAACCAGCGAAUCGUCGGUAUAUAUUAAGACGCGUUAAUGAAAAUACUGCGGCUUAGGUUUUAAAUCUCAAUAUUUUAUGUCAGAUCCGUAGUUUUGUGUCGCUGAGUUUGUCAAUGGAAAGUGGAAAACAGACCGAGUGGAACUCGGCUUUAGAUAAAGACUUAAUUCAAGAUCCCGUUUCUGCUGUGAUUCCUCCGGGUCCUUCUCCGUGGAGCCUCUCGUCCGGGCCUUGGUCCUCUGAGAGCCAAGGCCCGUCAGGAUUACAUCAAUAUGCUGAAGCGCAACAUUACAGCAGUUUUAUCCCCAGCAAUGAACCACAAAGCCAAACCUUACAGAGGGGGGACUGGACUGAGGAAAGAUCCACAAAUACAAACGAGAACUGGGAAUCAAACAUGUCAUCACAAAUCAGCUCCUUUAAGGAUGCCAUGCAUCAUAUUGUUUCAAAGACUGACAAAACAUUCAAAUUAGAGGUGAAGUAUAUCAAUGCAGUGAAAGGGCGUGGUCUAUUUGCAAAGCAUUCCAUUUGCAAAGGUGAAUUUGUUGUUGAAUAUAGGGGAGAUAUAAUAAAUGAUGAAGAGUUGCAGAACAGAAGAAAACGGUACCACGCAUCCAGUGCUGCAUUUAUGUUUGAGUUUAAGAGAAGAGGGAAAACAUGGUGUAUUGAUGCCUCUAGAGAAGAUGGAUCGUUUGGGCGAAUAGUUAAUGACGACCAAAAACAUCCAAACUGUGAGAUGAGGAAAAUUUAUGUGAAUGGAAAGAUACACCUUUGUUUGUUUGCCCUGAAUGACAUUAAAGAAGGAGAAGAAAUUACAUAUGAUUAUGGAGGAGUAGACUACCCAUGGAGAACACAAACGACCAGCAUUGCUGCUAAUACCAAGGCAGAACGUGACUCUGAUCCUUCCCUCAGGUCACAAACUCCGAUGAAUGAUGCUCCUGGUCAAAUUAACUCUCCUCAAAUUGUGACACAGCUCCAAAAUGAAAAUGAGAUUUUUGAACCAAGACUGAGACGGACUAAAAGUAUAAUAAUGAAAGACAAAGAUCUUGAAGAUUCCGAUGAACUCUUUGAUUCUACACCAGAGAGUUCAGAUUAUUACUUUACAGAUACCACUUCUGAAAGUGACUUUGACUGUGAUGCUAAUCCUACACCAAACCAGACAAAACUUCAGCUUCUUUAUGAUCAACUGGAUGUUGAUGAUUCAGGCUCACUGAGCUCCCUUGACUGUGACACAGCAACAACAGAAAAAACCCAUCAGCAACAGAAAAAAGCAUCUGGAACAGAAAAACCAGGUUCAAGUCAAAAAGCAAUAGAAGGUGUAGUUGUUAGUGCGUUCCAAAAAAGAGGUGUUAGUAGAGUGUACAACAAGAGACAUUACUGCCUGUAUUGCUGUAAGCCUUAUGCCAAGGUGGCAAGGCAUCUAGAAGGUUCACAUGCAAAUGAAUCUGAUGUGGCUAAAGCGCUAAGCUUUCCAAAGAGUUCCAAGGAGAGAAGAAAACAGCUAGAUUAUAUUCGCAAAAGAGGAAACUAUGUUCACAAUGCUGCUGUAAUGGAAUCAGGAAAGGGGGAACUAGUGCCAUGUAAACGACCCUCCAAAGAAGCACAGGGAAAAGAUUUCAUGCAUUGUGCAUACUGUCAAGGACUUUUUGCAAGAAAGGUCCUGUGGCGACAUAUGCGCACUUGUAUGCUUCAACCUCAAUCGGUCCCUCUCAAACCAGGAAAAAAACGUGUUCAGUCGAUGUGUAUAUACACAGGGCCUGUGCCUUCAAACAUGACUAAACAACUAUGGGAAGUAAUUAGUGUCAUGAAUCUUGACCCAGUCACAGAUUUAAUAAAAAAAGACAAACUAAUUAUUGAUGUUGGUCAGCAUUUGUUAAACACAGGUGGGCUAUCAGCCAAGAAUAAACAGUGUGUGCGAGAGAAGAUGCGAGAAUUGGGAAGGUUAGUUCACAAUGCUAGAAGAGUCACCUCCUUAAAAACAAUGGAAGAUUGUGUAAAUCCAAAGAAGUACAUGGAGACUGUCAAAGCUGUCAAGUAUACAUGUGGGUAUGAAUCUGACAAAUUCAUGAUUCCAUCACUUGCAAAGAAGCUUGGGAAUUCUCUGCUUCAAGUAAGCAAAUUCUUAAAAGCCCAGGGCUUAAUGUCUAACAACAAACAACGAGUUAAGAAUGCCAGUGAGUUUCAAGACAUCCAUCAGGAAAAGUGGAACGAAAUGAUCUUAGACACCGCAAUGAGGAAUAUUAGGGAAGCAAAGUGCAAUGUGCCCGCUCUCAUACCUUUUUCUGAAGAUUUCCAAAAAAUGCACACAUAUCUCAGUCAAGUGCAAGAUAAGUGGUACAAAUCACUCUCUGAAAGUUCCUCUACUAAAGCCUGGGUGGAGCUGGCAAAGGUUUGUCUAGCCCAGAUAAUUCUCUUUAACCGGCGCAGGGGAGGAGAGGUGGCGAGCAUGCCGUUGUCUGCGUUUUUUUCAAGAGACACUUUUGAUCCACAUGAGGGUGUGGACUGGGCACUGUCCGAAGUAGAAAAACAGCUCUGCAGACACAUCUCAAGGAUUAUCACCAUGGGAAAGUGUGGUCAACCAGUUCCAAUUCUUCUGACUUCAAAAAUGCUGUGCUCCUUAGAACUCCUUGUUAAGCAGAGAGAGCCUUGUGGGGUUCUAAAAGACAAUUGUUACAUGUUUGCAAAACCAGAGGCCAUGACACAUUUCCGAGGGUCAGACUGCCUCCGUGGCUUUGCAAAGGCAUGUGGUGCAAAGUGUCCCAAAUCACUGACAUCUACCAGACUGCGAAAGCAUGCUGCAAUCCUUUCAACAGUGCUGAAUAUGACAGAAACGGAGAUGGACCAGCUUGGAAACUUUCUUGGACAUGAUAUAAAAAUGAAUCGUGAACUCCCUGAGAAGACCCUGCAACUCGCCAAGAUCUGCAAAGUUGUAAUGGCUCUUGAGCAAGGAAGAUUCGCUGAGUUCCAUGGCAAGAACCUGGAUGACAUUGUGAUAGGUCCUGAUGAAAAAGUUCUGGAAAGUGAUGAAGACAGGAUAAUACAAGAGGGACUCUGUCCAUCUACUGUUUAUGAACCAAUAGCAGAGAAGGCACUUCCUCCUGCCGAGAGGAAUGACAUGCCUCCACCACCACCCAAAAGACAAAAACCACCAUCACCAUCUUCAGGAGCCAGUGCUGUGAGGCCUCGUUUCCAAGGUCAAAUUACCCAUAAGAAAAAUCCCUGGCAGCAGACAGAGGUGCAGGCGGUGGAAAGGCACAUGAUGCGAUUCAUCACAUCUUUUACUGUACCAGGAAAGACUGACUGUGAGAAGUGUUUAAAGGCUGAACCAGAGGCUCUAAAGAACCGGGACUGGAAGAACGUGAAAUUCUUCAUAUAUAACCGUAUUACAGCCUAUAAAAAGAGUUUCCAGUGCAAAUAAUAUGACGAUUACCAACUGUCUGGUAUGCCAAUUUUAAACAAUAGCCUUUUUUCUCUCUUCCAUUGAAUUUUGAGGUAGGUGAAGUUGUUCUAGAAAUACCUACACUGUAUCCAAAGAGGUCAAAACUCCAGCAUAGCUUGUAGGAUAUUAAACAGCUUUUAUGUAAGACCAGUGUUUUUUAGCUUGUAGAUUUCAUCAGAAACCUAUACUGUAAAUAACAUUUCAAAUAAAGUGUGAAGCAAAACAUACAUUUUUUUAAUUAUUAUUUAUUUAUUAUUUUAAAAUAAGAAUUUAUUUAUUCAACAAUAAUUUACUUCCACACCUAUUGCUCAGUGGGACACCUAAAAUGAUAUUUGUCACAGGUUAAAAAGGAGCAAUGGGAGUGUCCAGCAGAGGACAUGGGUGACAUAUUAAACAAGACUGCUGUAUGAUUUAAGAUGUCAGAUGAAGGCCACAAGCUGGAAUGCAAUAGCAAAACUUGUUAAACAAUUUUACAGUUUUUAUCUUUUUUUCUUUUUGCUCUGUCUUAGUAUUUUUUUUAUACAUUUUAAUAUAAAUAUAAUUUAUUUGCAGGGCUUAUUUGACUUUGUAAAUGUUUGUAAAGUUGAACUCAUUAAAAGUUACAUUCAGCAAAU